AUGUACCGAUACAUCGAUGCUGCGUCGCGGCCCUCAAGGUGGAAAGCUGUCCAUAACACCCGACAAUCGGCAUCAUCACUUUCGAAUUUGCGGUCCUCCCGGUGCAGAACAGCUAGUGCGAUUGGCAUCACCAAGAAAAACGCCCUUUGGACCCACUUGAACUCCCCUCCAAGCAUUGCGAGUCGCAACAAGUCUACAGCUACCAGUUACGGCACCGAACGAAUACCCGACACAGACUUUUCCUACGCCAACGACACAAUGAUUUCUGACGCUGAACUUUACCGUCUCGCCAUCGUUCUCGGGUGCGCGGCCAUGGUUCUUAUUGUUCUCCACCACUUCCUCGAAACCAAUGCCGAAGAUCUCGAAACCGAUGUUGUCCAGGAGAAGAAGGCAACAAAGGUGGCACCGGCCCCGACCAAGGCAAAAUAGGACACAGCGUCCGCAAAAUUGUACGGUACGAAGACGGAGACUAUAUUUCACAAACGGCAGGAUACAGCUUGUCCCGCCCUUGGGACAUUUGGUUGGGGCGAGGCCGAAAAGGACGGGAGACAGACAGCCUACAGAAUGCUCUUCCUUCAGUGCAGGACAGAGCAGGUCCCAGGCGCAACCGAUAUGCAAGGGAAGGAAACCCCGGAACCACAAAAGGAAUACAGGGACAAAGCAGCGAGGAAAGCGACGAGGUUUCGGGCCUAGGAGGAUUGAAUGGGUCAGAGUCGGUUGAUACCCCAUGGUUGACCCAAUGCAUAGGAGCAGACUCU